GAUUUCAAUUCCAAUCAGACGAGUAAUGCAGCAGACAUCCGUUAAAAAACGUGGUACUCUGGUAAAAAAUUCGACAUCCUCAUGAGACUCAUGAACCGGGAACAGAGGCCGGAAUCUGAUACAGAACAGAGCGAAACCAUGAAGGGGAAAGAAGACGACGUAGACAAAGCAGCUCGAACGAAGAUUCUCUUGACGUCACUCUCGGCAAUGGUGGCGGAGACGACGACCUUUCCCAUCGACAUUACGAAGACAAGGCUUCAGCUCCACGGCGACGAUUCUCACUCCUCCUCCUCCUCUUCCCGCCGCUCCGCCUCUGCCUUCGGCGUCGCGACCGACAUUGUCCGCCGCGAAGGCCCGCUAGGGCUGUACAAGGGCUUGACCCCGGCGAUUAUCAGACACCUCUUUUACACCCCCAUCCGAAUCGUGGGAUACGAGCACUUGAGGACCGCUUUUUUCCCGGAUGAUCGGCCGGUUUCUCUCUCUAGCAAGGCUUUGAUCGGGGGCGUUUCCGGCGUGUUUGCUCAGUUAAUUGCAAGCCCAGCUGAUCUCAUUAAGGUGAGGAUGCAAGCAGAUGGUCGUAUGAUAAGCCAAGGUCUCCAACCCAGGUACUCAGGCCCUUUCGAUGCUUUAAAUAAGAUCUUACAAAAAGAAGGCAUUGUCGGACUUUGGAAAGGAGUAUUUCCAAACGUCCAAAGGGCAUUUUUAGUGAACAUGGGAGAAUUAGCUUGCUAUGACCACGCAAAACGUUUAAUUAUCCAAAAUCAGAUUGCCGGUGACAACAUAUAUGCACACACUUUGGCCUCUAUCAUGUCUGGUCUUUCGGCGACUGCUUUGAGUUGUCCAGCUGAUGUAGUUAAGACGAGGGUGAUGAAUCAGAUGGUUAGCAAUGAAGGAAAGGUUAAGUAUAGGAACUCUUUCCAUUGUCUUGUGAAGACGGUGAGGGUUGAAGGGCUGGGAGCCCUUUGGAAGGGAUUCUUUCCUACGUGGGCAAGGCUUGGGCCUUGGCAAUUUGUGUUCUGGGUAUCAUACGAGAAGUUUAGACAAGCAGCCGGGCUUUCUUCUUUCUGAUAAAUUCUUUGUCGAUGCGAAUUUGAAUGCUUAUCUUAUUCAGAGUUCGCUUGUAGUUCGCUCGAUUCAGUUGUGAAUUGGAAUGCUUAUCUUAUUCAGAGUUCAAUUGUUGCAGUUCCCUAAAUUCGGUUGUGAACUUGAAUCCCUCUCGAUUCAGAUAAAUGGAAAAGGAUUCAUGUACCAUGUUCAAUUGACUGAGAUGUAACGCUUAGUUUGUUUGACUGUUGUGCUCAAUGAACUCUAUAAAAUGACCAGCCUGGGUUCUGA